UGUAAUGUUAUAGGUGUCAGUUUGAGUAAAUGUUGGUUGAUGUAUCAAACAGUUAUUUAUUAAAACUUAAAUUUGCGAUUGGAAGGGAAGAGAAACAUUGAUAUGAUGGCCAAAUCAUAUUCUAAUCAUGAUUGGAAUACUUCAACAAAAACCGGUUUUGAUGAAAAUCAAACGUAUGAACCGUUGAAGCCGCAGCACUUUGAAACAUCGAAUUACAGGUAUGAUACCUUGCAAAACAUUCAAAAUGCAGAACAAAUUUAUAAAAACUCGACUAAUAGAAACAGGGAACAAGAUGAUUGUAUGAUGGAGCAGAAACAAACUUAUCAAAGCUUGACUAUUGAACGUGGACUUACUCAGAACAUAUAUGAUUCCACACAGUGUCAGGGCGACGCAGAAUACAUGUAUGUGUCAGAAAAUUGUGUGAAUUCAGGACCAACAUCAAGAAGCUACAAUCAUAAUACUUAUUGUGAUGCUUAUCAUAUUACAGAUGUUAAGCAAGAUGAUUAUUAUAGCGAACUGCAAACCCAGACUUCUUGUGAUUCUAAAUUAUAUGAGAGUGUAGAUGAGAAGCAACUGAAUCUCACUCAAAGCAUUUUAACCCGUAAAAAUGCCGCUAGCAGUUGCAAAAAUCCGACAAUUUCCGAUAGUCAGCGAGGAAAACGGUUGGCAUGUGUUUUCUUUGUUCUUCUUCUUGUAAGUGCCAUAGCGGUUGCAGCUGCUUUUUUGUUGACGAAGAUCAAUACUGAGGAUCCAGACAGGCAAAACAUUACGGAGAAGGUGUUGAAUAACACAUCAGUAUGUGAGUGGGCCACAUGGUCUUCCUGGACAGAAUGCAGUGUUUCAUGUGGAAAUGGUACACACUAUAGAGAAAGACACCAAGAUGGAAAACUACUAACAUGUAAUGGUAAAGCUGAAAAUGACACAAGAACGUGCACUUAUAAAUUGUGCCAAGUGUUGAAUAACACAUCAGUAUGCGAGUGGGACACAUGGUCUUCCUGGACAGAAUGCAGUGUUUUAUGUGGAAUUGGUACACAAUAUAGAGAAAGACAACAAAAUAGAAGAAUACAAACAUGUAAUGGUAAAGCUGAUAAUGACACAAGAACAUGCACUAGUAAACAUUGCCAAGAUAGCGGACGACCGCUGGACAUAAGGUUCGACUCAUCUACUCUAAAUGCGAACCGGUAUUUAUCAAGAGACAACAGAAUUCUGAGCAACCAGUGGUCUAGGCAAACACAAAAAGGUUCUCCUGAUAGAGGGGCACUACAAAAGUAUAGUGGAGUCAUUGCAGACCAGUGUUUUGGAAACGGAAAGAAAAUAUAUUACCGUGUUUUCUAUAACUAUAUAUUGGAAACUGUUUUGUCGGGCACUAAUCUUAUUUUAGAAGUAGGUCUUUCACAGCGUGACGAAAUUGAUCAUGAUGAUUUUGUUGGACAGAAACAGAGAUAUGGUUGGUCAUUUGCUCUUGCCAAAUGCGGGCCGUCAUACAAAGGUAUUUGUUUCAGGGCAAAACAUCUGGGAAAUUUAACAACUAAUGAAUUUUUCAGUGGGAACAGUGUAGGCUUGCAGAAAAAUGGUACAUUUGAAUUACUUAUAGACAGAGAGCACAAUAAGUUUUCAUUGAAAAAUUCAAAUACACAUAAACCUGCUACUUCAUUUGAAAAUGUUGCCUCGAACAAAAAUCUUUGUCCCGUAUUCGGAGUUCAUAAUAUACGAAAAGUUAAUGUUCAACUCAUGAUCUUAGAAAGUAGAGAUGUAACACAAGAACAGUUCGAACUAUAAAUCAAAGAGAGGGUGAGAUAAUGGAGGGGGGAAGAGAGAGAGAAAAUGUUCUUGCGUAUUUUUCAUGAAUUAACAUGAUAUAGUUUAAUGAGAAGGGAAUAAACUAUUCUAUAUUUA